AUGGGGACUCAAUCUUAUACACGGGAUCAAGAUGGGAUCUCUCUCCAAUCGUUUGAAGGAGAUUCUGUACUUCGUUCGAGAAAGCAAGGGGUGGCACCUGACAAUGAUGUCAAGGUUGUUACCGAAGCGAUGUACACGAGCGAAAAUAACCCUGAAAACAUCCCAGAUGGUGGGCUAGAGGCAUACCUUGUAGUGUUUGGGGCCUUUGUCGGACUUAUUGCUGAUUUUGGAAUUGCAAACAGUAUGGGGGCAAUUCAAUCCUACGUUUCCACACAUCAACUUCAGGGGGUAAAGGAAACAAGUGUUUCAUGGAUCUUCUCUUUACACUUGGGAGUGAUGUACUUUUGUGGGGUAUUUUUCGGUGCAGUGUUUGACAUGUAUGGGGCAAGAAUUCCUCUUACUGCGGGCGGUAUAUGCAUAUUCUUGGGGUUGAUGUUUACUGCAGAAUGUAAGAGUGUUGGGCAAUUUGUAUGUGCCUUUGGUAUAUUAACAGCCAUAGGUACUUCUCUUGCAAUGCAGCCUUUGAUUGGAGUCAUUUCACAUUGGUUUUUCAAGAAACGUGGGUUAGCUUGUUCUCUCGCAACAAUUGGAGGAUUGGUGGGAAGUUCGUGCUUUGCCAUCAUGUUGCAAAGUCUUUAUGGUAAAGUAGGCUUCAAAUGGGCGAUCAGGAUAUUGGCUUUCCUUUGUUUGUUUUGUAUGAUGGUUUCUGUCAUCUUAGUUAAGGAAAGAUCCUCUUCAGAGGAACCACGAACUGUCAUAGAAAAUAGUCACCAGGAGGAAGAAAGCCGUCGUAGUAGCACUGAAGAACAAGUUGGAAUUGUGGAACAAUAUUAUUCAGAAUCUAUUGCCCAUGAAGGUAAACAUGAUAAAAGGACUCAAUUUAUAAACUUUUUCCGUCAAGCAAUGGAUUUUUCUGUUUGCAAAGAUUGGAGAUUUGUACUUUUAACAAUAUCAGUGGCCAUAUCAGAACUUAUAUCUAUGUCCACUCUUACAUAUCUUUCGUCAUUUGCAAUUCAACACAAUGUUAGUGAGAGGUCGGCAUAUUUGUUGAUUACAAUCAUUAAUGCAACUGGUAUUCCUUCAAGACUUAUUCUGGGAUUAUUUGCCGAUAAGUUUGGUCGAUUUAAUGUCAUGAUUGUGACUUCACUUCUUGUGACCAUUAGUAUCUUUGGUAUCUGGCUUCCUGCUGGUGGGAAUGUGGGUGCACUUUUCGGGUUUGGGGUUUUGUUCGGAAUUUCUACCUCUGCAGUUAUUGCACUUAUCCCAGUCUGUUGUGGGCAGAUUUGCUCUGCUGAAAACUUUGGGAAAGUUUAUGGUACCAUGUACUUUUUCUUAUCUUUUAUAACAUUGGUUGGUAUAUAUGUUGCCUCACUUGUAAUCGGAGAUGGUGAAUCUCAAAAUUAUAUCAAUUUAGUUUACUAUGAAGGAGCACUAGCAGUUGCAAGUCUUAUCACUUGGACCCUUGCAAGAUAUUCUGCAGUUGGAUGGAAAUGGUGCAAAUUUUAA